AUGGCCCAGCAAAAGAGGCUCAGAAAUCUCGCUCACAUCCUCAAAGACACAGCCUCAGUGAUCGCAGCAUCCCUAUCAAUGAAGCGCCACGUGUCCUCCGUUCGCGUCAACGUCCUCCGCGCCACAACGCACAGCCUCGCCGCUCCUCCGUCGGAGUCAAAAAUCGCCGCCGUGCUCGCCAUCGGCCACGGCUCACACGUUCUACCGCGUGCCUGCAUCGACGCUCUCAUGGACCGUCUUCACCAGACGCGAAGUGCCACCGUAGCCCUAAAAUGCCUUUUCACGCUUCACAAUGUUGUGAUCAAGGGACCCUUCACGCUCAAGGACCAGCUAUGUCAUUACCCUUCCUAUGGUGGCCACAAUUUCCUUAACCUUUCAACCUUCCGCGAUGACUCGGAGGUUGAAUCGUUGGAACUGAGUUCGUGGGUUCGAUGGUACGCGAGUGUUCUAGAACAGAGUUUAACGGUUUCGAGAGUUUUGGGUUAUUAUAUGAGCUCUUCUUUAAACGAAAGAUCCAAGAAAGACGCGCAAGAAAGAAAGUGUUUGGUUUUGGGGCUUUCGAACGCUGAUUUGUUGUAUAAACUAGAAGGUCUUGUGGUUUUUGUUGAGCAAAUAAGCCGUGUGCCUGAGUCGUUGCACCUUCAGAGGAACGAGUUGGUGUAUGAAGUGGUGAGAAUGGUGGGUGAGGAUUAUAGAAGCGUUCAGGGUGAGAUUUUGUUGCGGUUAGAGGAACUUGGGAACAGAAUGGAGGAUAUGGAUGUGGGAGAGUUGAGCGAGUUGGUGGAUUAUUUGAAGAGAUUGGAAGAGAGUCAAGAAAAGUUGGUGCUUUUGUUUGUGAACAGAAGAAAGAACAAUGGGUUUUGGGAUUUGGUUAAAGAGAUCAAGACGAAGGGGGUGAUGAAGAAGGAGGAGAUAGCCGGCAAGUGGCUCACGGUGGUGACAACCAAGGCCACCGAGUUGACUCGGUCCACAAACCCGUUUCUUGAACCGGGCCAACUGGGUCCGGUCCCACUCUCAAGUUUUGCAACGGUUAGAUGACAGGUGGGACCGUGGGAACGGUCACUUUUAGUAAGAUUUUCUCAAAGUUGGCUUUUUCUUUUUUUCCUUUUUCCUUUGAUUGGGGAAUCUGCACCUUCCAAUUGGAGGAGGUGCAGUACUAUACUUUUUUGUUGUAUUUUUUUUAUUUUAUUG